UCAAGAGGUGGCACCUUCUGGCCCUCGAAGCAUCCUGUCUGGCGGUAUUACCAGCUUGUCAUUUGGCACACCAGGAGAUUCUAGCGCAAGCUUUUUUCCUCUCUAGGGAGGCAGCUGUGGAGCAGAUCCUCCAAGCAAAGCCACUCGUCAUUGAGCACCGAUGAUUUUGGGACUCACAGAGGUUUGACUGCUCUCAGUUUUUGACGGAGGCGUGUGAAUGCAGAGAUGUGGGUUUUGGAUGCCGGCAUUUGGGUCUUCUCCCUUUUCCUCUGGAUGGUAGGAAAUACAAAAGCAAGCCAGCCUUGCAUACCCAAGUUUUUUGGCAGCAAUGCCAUAGUUUGUGUCUGCAAUGCAACUUACUGUGACACCUUGGACCCCAUCUUGCUCCCGCCGGAGGGCGUCUACCUGAAGUAUGAGACCACCAAAGCUGGCCGGCGCAUGGAGCUCAGCGAAGGGAAAUUCCAGAGGAACCACACAUCUUGCAGCUUUAUGGGGCUCGAAUAUACAUUCAAUGCCUCUGAUCGGUACCAGUAUGUUAAAGGCUUUGGCGGAGCCCACACAGACGCUGCUGCAAUUAAUAUCUUGAGUCUGUCUCCAGCUGCCCAGGAGCACCUCUUGAGAUCCUACUUCUCUGACACUGGCAUCGAAUACAACCUUUUGCGCUUGCCCAUUGCUAGCUGUGAUUUCUCCACGCACCCUUAUACAUAUGACGACAUCCAGUAUGACUUUGACCUGAAGUAUUUCAGCUUGGUGGAGGAGGAUACCGAGCUCAGAAUCCCUCUCCUCCAUCGCAUCAUGGCCUUAUCUAAGCAGCCCAUCUCCCUAGUUGCCAGUCCUUGGACGGGGCCCGCCUGGCUGAAGACGAAUGACAACAUAAAGGGGAAAGGAAAGUUGAAAGGGAAAGCAGGAGACAAAUACCACAAGACCUGGGCCAGCUACUUAAUCAGGUUUUUGGACGAAUACGCCAAACACAACAUCACAUUCUGGGCGAUUACAGCUCAGAACGAGCCAGUAAUCUCCUUGUGUGCCAAGCACGAUUUCCCCACCAUGAACUACUCGCCUGAGGAGCAGCGCGACUUUAUCAUUCUGGAUCUGGGCCCUGCGCUGGCCAACAGCGAGCACAAAGACGUCCAUCUCGUGAUUCACGAUGACUUGAGGAUCAACCUGCCCAACUGGGCCAAAGUGGUUCUUGGGAACAGCAGUGCAGCCAAGUAUGUGUCGGGCAUUGGAGUCCACUGGUACCUGGAUACAACGAUCCCUGCCCAACUCACCCUGGGAGCCACCCACGAUCUCUUCCCAGAUUAUUUUCUGCUCUACACAGAGUCUUGUAAUGGCUUCUACCCUUGGGAUAUUAAAGUUGACCCGGGCAGCUGGGAGAGAGGUGUUAGCUACAGCUGCAACAUCAUAGAGGAUCUCAAUCAUUUUGUCACGGGUUGGAUCGACUGGAACCUGGCGCUGGAUAUGAACGGAGGCCCCAACUGGGUCAAGAAUUUUGUGGACAGCCCAAUCCUUGUGGAUGCCUCGAAAGAUGAAUUCUACAAGCAGCCCAUGUUCUACCACCUGGCUCAUUUCAGCAAGUUUAUCCCAGAGGGCUCCGUUCGAGUAGGACUGACCUCCAACAACCUUUUUGGCUGCAUGCUAAAAACAGUGGGCUUCCUCCGACGGGAUGGUGCCGCGGUGGUGGUUGUGCUUAACAAAUGCUUUAUGGAUGUGAAAUUCAGUAUCUCAGACAGCCCGGUGGGCGUCAUUGAAGAUGUUGCCCAGGCCUACUCCAUCCAGACCUACCUGUGGAGGCACACCUGACCUUCGAGACAUGCCAGACGUGGUGGGAGAGGGUGAUCCCUCCUGAGGAGUCAUGCCAGUGCAGAGAAGGCAGCCCAGGUGGGCAGUGGCGGCUUCUCCACCGUGUCUGUUCCAAAGCUUGAGACGGAUGACUUUCUAUGACCAAGAAGGGGCAUCUGGAAAGGGCCGUUGCUCUAGGCUGGAGACUGUCAUGCAGGGGCCACCAAUUCACUGCCGAGAGGCUUCCCCCUCAACAUUAACCCUCUCAUCUUUGUCUCCUGUAACCUCGCCUUAAUUUAUUAGGUAUUAAAAAUGAAUUGAACGGCAUCCUGCCACUUGUGUUUGGUGGAAGAAACCAUGUCUGGUGUUCAAAGAGAAAGAGAAGAUGACCCAAAAGGGGGCAGCAAGCGUUAGUCAGCUAGGAAUGUGAGCACAGCACCUCUCUUUCGAUUGAGUGUCAUUUCCUUGUCUUACCUCCCGAUUGGUACUCUCAGGGCAAUAUCUUUCUUCUUGGAACUAACACCCUCUCUCUUUCUCUUAGAGCCAAACUACAAGUGAUGCCUGACACUAGUUGGACACUUGUCAGCUUCCCUCAAGUUUUGAUGGGAAAUGUAGGUCAAGAGCCAAGUCUUGCAGCUUGGCUCUCCGACUGCUGUCCAAGGGACAUUUCAACUGUCACUUGUCCAACAUUCCGUCAAGCUGCCUACAUUUCCCAU